AUGGUGCACAUUUCCGCUCAGAUCGAGAUAAACCGGUCUCCAGAGGAGGUCCGGAAGGUGUUGCUGGACUUUGGCCACUGGCCGGAAUGGCUCACCACCGGUCUCUCAAUGACCGUCGUCUCUCCAAACCACAAGCUUGGGCCGGAGCUUCAACAGGGAGACAGACUGCGCAGUGACUUCAAAGGCACCGUAGUCAAACCCAAAGUCUUGGAAAACACUCCGACCAAGUUCGAGUGGCGCGGCAGAUUCGGUAUCAUUCUUCUUGUUGGUCACCGCCGUUUCUUCUUGAAGAAGAGCGAGACAACACCCGGUGGCACGACUUUGAUGCAAAACGAGGAUAUCAAGGGCCUGUUAGCAUUCUUGUUUAAGAAGAACGAAGGCCAUGGCAAGGAUGCGAGGGAAGCCAUGACCAAGUUCAAUGAGCAGCUUAAGGCGAGGGUUGAGUCGUUGUAG